GACCACCUAAAUUGGAGGGCCCACUACACCUGCAACCUUAUCUUCUCCUCACAUCCAUUUGUUUCGUCUCUUCUUCCGCACAAACAGCACAAGAUCCAGGCCCAGGCCACUACGCUGCCGUCGCCCAACACGCCAUCAUCGCGCCCAACCCUUGGUUUUUCCAGCCGCCUUCCACUGCCCCAUCAUUUUCAGCUUCUGCUCCAAGCGCCGGGAGCUGCAAGGGCUCGAAUCUGCAAGGGGAUCCUCGGUGGUGCUGCGAGGAUGUGUCCUCAUUGCAUCGCCGGCGGUGGUGCUCUAGGGCGACGACGGUGGAUGUAGGUGCUGCGAGGAGGAACCCUCGGUGGUGCUGCGAAGAUGUUGCAAGGUAUCCUCGGUGGUGCGGCGAGGAUUCUUCCACGUUGCGUCGCCGACGACGGUGGUGAAGGCCGCUACCGUUGGUGCUGGAGAAGCUCAUCGUCGGUGCAGGAAGCAUGCUUGGUCGACGUUGCAAGCCAGCAAGGCAGCACCGUAACCCGGCGGACAGGAAGGUACUGCAAGGCGGCACACCUACCACCGAAUGUUCCGUUUCAGUUUUCAGUGAGAGAAAAAGGAUGCUCACCCUGGGUCCACAUGUGGGAAAGCAUCGUUCGGAAAGAGACAACCAUAUUUGAGGUUCAGGAAAGUGACAGCGACGUGCCUGGUCAGAAGCAUCCAACGGCCACUCAGCCUCCAUCGAACGGUGCGCAGGCGACCGAUUUCCCCCUCAAAUCGGCCGCCCGACGCCUAGCGCGUCCCGAUACAUAUUUACACAGCUGAUCUGAUCUUGUAAACAACAUUACCUCCUGGUCCCCCGCUGACGCCGCCGGAGAAUUGACGGCCACGAUGUUGACCACUGACACCACGGCCGGAGGAGGAAGAGGAGGAUUGGCGACUGGCGCCGCUGGAGCCGCCGGAGGAAUGUCCAUGUCCUUCUUCUUGCGGAUGCGCCGUGCAGCGAGCGCUGCAGCGGUCUCCACUGCAGUUGCAGCAGCAGCCUGCAGUGGAUCAGAUCAAAGUAUCAGCAGCACAAGAUGAGCAGGCGCUCAUGCUUUUCGAGGUAUCAACCAUGUCAAGGGAAACUCGUCUCGUUUUCAGGGAAUCAAUCAGCGUUUCGCAGCA